AUGCCGGAGCGACUGUUGCGGCUGAUGAAGGCGAGGGAGAAGCUGUCGCUGCGGCGGCGAAGGGCGACCCAGGCGGGCAAGGCGGGCGUCGGAGCGGAUCCGGAGAACAAGCUGAACAAGCACAAGCACCAGCACCAGCACCACCUCGCCUCCGUCCCUCAUCCCCAUCGCCAGCAGUCCGUCCCGACCAGCACCGCGUCGUCCCUGCCCGUAGCCCAAGAGAACGAGAUCGUGGGCCGUGCUGCUGCUGGAGCUGCGAAGCUCGAGGGAAUUGCCGCCAACCCACACUGCGGACCCGGCCAGCUGACGGAGGACGACCCCGACGACGACGAGGGACCACGGCCAGCACAACAUCAGGAACCCCAGCUUCGAGGCUCACGCAAGAAUCAUCCUCUCCAGGACCGUCCCCGCGAUCUCCCUCCCGGUCGCCGUACCUCGCUGCGGGAUCCCCCUCCCUGCCAUUCUUCUGCCAAUCCUCCGUCCGCCACCACCACUGCGUCCUCAGCUCCACGCCAGCUCGAGAGCCUCAACGAAGCGGCCUCGACAACAACAAAAGUCCCGGAGCGCGUGGUGAACCCCGCGGCCGGUGGGCCCUUGCAUUCCUCGUUCCUGGAGACGGUCGACGAAGAAGACGCCUCCCGCAGUCGGAGCCGUCCUGCUCCCUCCAACAACGACCACUUCUCUCCAGCCCAUCCUGCUGGCGUCUCCUGGCGCCCGACGAUUGCUGCUCGGAGGCAGUCUCUCCUGCCGCCGUCGCAGCAGCAUCUGGUCAACAGCCUGCUCGAGCCCGGGCUGUUCUCUCGCGACGACGAUUCCCCCUCCUCUCCGUUCAAUCCCGCACAGCUCGAGAUGGUGCAACGAAAGGUCUGGGUGAAACGCCCCGGUGCUUCCCCGACGUUGAUAUCGAUCGCCGAGGACAGCGUCGUCGACGAGUUACGGGACCAUGUGCUGCGGAAAUAUGCCAAUUCGUUGGGGAGAGUGUAUGACGCUCCCGACCUGAUCAUCCGGAUAUCGCCCCGCGAGAGUUCCAAUCGACCUGCGGCCCCGGACCGGAUCCUCAGCCCGGAGGAGCCCGUGUUCCCGAUCCUUGAUUCCUACUAUCCCGGGGGGCAGACGGUCGAGGAGGCCUUGAUCAUUGAUGCCCCUCAGCGCCGCACCCCGAGACCCUCGCCGCGUCAGUCGUACUACUACCAUGCGGAGCCCGGGGAACAUGGCGAAUAUUUCCCGUUGAUGCCCGUUCCCAUCAAUGUCGGCACGCCGCCUACCCAUCCGUCGAGCUCCAUAUCGUCGACGAGCGGUGUGAGUGCACACCAGACGCCUUCGAUAUCCGUUCUCACGACCGGUAAAGUGCCACCUUUACCAUCCCCUGGAAACCGUCCCAGUCGGCAUGCGGCACGCCGGCCCCCGUAUGCUCGACAUACCACCAACUCUCCUACGCUUGUGGCUUCGGCGUCCAACAAUAAAGACCCGAAUGUCGCGAUAAAUGGGCAGCCAGCAACGUCCGCUCCAUCUCUCCCGACGCCGCCGGCACCGGCGCCGCCACCAUCGGAGUCUCCCACAAACCCUGUUCUAAGUCCCAGCGCCCGGGGAGCGUCACCCCGUCCUGGCCGAAAUCGCAAGAAAGCAGCAGGAUCUCCCCCGGGCAGAGCGGGCUUUGGUGGGCUGAUUGAGGGGACCGUGCCCCCGAUCAACGUGCUCAUCGUGGAAGACAACGUGAUCAACCAGAAGCUUCUCGAAGCGUUCAUGAAGCGGCUCAGCGUGCGCUGGCAGUGCGCCCCGAACGGCGAAGUAGCGGUGAAGAAGUGGCGCCAAGGCGGCUUCCAUCUGGUGCUGAUGGAUAUCCAGCUGCCGGUGAUGAACGGUCUGGAGGCGACCAAGGAGAUUCGCCGGCUCGAGCGGCUGAAUGGCAUUGGGGUCUUCUCCAAGACCGCAUCGGGCCGGUCGAGUGCUUCGUCGACGACGGCCGGGUCGACAGAGAACCAGGAGCCGCUGAGGAAGGAGGACGUGUUGGAAAACCUGUCCUUGUUCAAGAGCCCGGUCAUCAUUGUGGCGUUGACGGCCAGCAGCUUGCAGAGCGACCGCCACGAGGCGUUGGCUGCUGGCUGCAAUGACUUUUUAACAAAGCCCGUAGGAUUUCCCUGGUUAGAACAGAAAGUGACGGAAUGGGGCUGCAUGCAAGCGCUGAUCGACUUUGAAGGCUGGCGGAAAUGGCGAGGGUAUGAAGAUUCGCCUCGCACGCUGACACCAGUACAAUCGGGGUCGGCGUCUCCGUCGCCACGCAACAGGGCGGUGCAACCGGCUGGCAAGCUGUCGACUGGGAAAGAUGGCAGUAAGGUGACUGUGACGUCGCCGGGGUCGUCGGGGAGUGGCAGCAGCGAAGAGACCGAGGUUCCUUCAGAGACGAAGGCAACCAAAGCGAAGACCAAUGGAGGGUAG